AUGGCCAGACUGCGACGGCUCUGCCUCCUUGUGGUCAUCUGCCUGUUCUUGGUUGGGGUUGUCAAUGAUGUCGGCUUUGAGAAUGAAGGGACUGCACUGAACGCCCCAGGAAUUCCUAUUGCAAUUGGAUUAUAUCUAUAUGGUUACUGCUACUCAGGGCAUGGGGUUUUUCCAAAUAUCUAUUCCUCCCUGAAGAUUCGCAACCAGUUUCCUUCAAUUCUUUUUACUUGUAUUGGGCUGUCUACCUUUUUGUAUGCUGGUGCUGCAGUGACGGGAUACAAAAUGUUUGGUGAAGCCACAGAGUCCCAAUUCACACUCAACUUACCAGAUAAUUCUGUCAUUUCUAAGAUUGCUGUUUGGACAACGGUGGCAAAUCCAAUAACCAAAUAUGCAUUAACUAUUAUUCCAUUGGCUAUGAGUUUGGAAGAGCUGCUGCCACCAAACCAACAAAAGUAUUCUACAAUAAUCAUGCUUAGAUCAUCUCUGGUGAUAUCAACCCUCCUGAUUGCUCUAUCUGUGCCUUUCUUUGGACUUGUGAUGGCCUUGGUUGGUUCUUUGUUUGCCAUGCUUGUGACCUACAUUUUGCCUUGCGCGUGUUUUUUGGCGAUCCUCAAGACAAAAGUAGGGUGGCAUCAGAUAGCAGCUUGCUCGUUCAUCAUAGUUGUCGGGGUUUGCUGUGCCUACGUGGGAACAUACUCGUCCCUGUCGAAGAUAAUCCAGAACUACGCAUAGCACAGCUGUUCCUGUGAUCCUGUAUAUGCAUCUGCCCGACAAAAUCAUGUGUGUGCUAUAUGGGCCAAACAUAUGUACAAGAUAAAAGUUUACCAUUCAAUUCACUCGAUGUAUAAUAAAUUACUAGGAGAGUGCCCGUGCGUUGCAACGGGAACGUAUAAAAGCACGAUAAACUAUGUGGCAAAUCGAGAAGUUUUACAUAUACCAGUGUUCUCGAUUUGUAUAUCAGCUAUGCUUCCUGUGGAGCAUGGAAGCGAACGCAAGCCAGCCUUUUGUAUUA